UCAACAAAAUCACGUGAGUUGGGGAAUUUCGCUCCCGGCGUUUUUGCGACAAUUCAGGUCUGAUUGUUGUACUGCUGUGAAACAAAUUAAUUUGCAAGCUAUGGAAGCGGAAGAACAAGCAACAGAAACUGUAAAGGCUUUGAUGUUAACUGGCUUCGGUGGUUACGAUAAAAUUAAACUGCAAAAUAUUACGAAGCCGCGUCCACAAAAAGAAUAUGUCAUUAUUGAAGUUAAGGCAUGCGGUAUGAAUUUUUCUGAUCUAUAUACAAGACAAGGAAUAUAUACAUUUUACGGUAUAAAACCUCCAUUUAUUCUUGGCUUGGAAGGAGCUGGUAUAGUAUCAGAAAUUGGUGAGGAUGUUAGUGAAUUCAAAGUUGGUGACAGAGUAUUAUGUUGGAGUUUCAAAUAUGGAAUGUGGAGUGAAUUUGUUGAUGUUCAUAAAUCCCAAUGUUACCAUAUGCCUGAAAAUAUGACAUAUUAUGAAGCAAAUUGCAUUAUUGCAAAUUAUUUGACUGCUUAUCUUGUUCUUAUGGAUUUUGGCAACUUGAGACCUGGGCAGAGUGUUCUUAUUCAAGCAGCUGCAGGAGGUGUUGGAUGGGCUGGCACUCAGAUUGCUAAAACUGUGGAAAAUGUGACAGUUUUUGGCACUGCAUCUUCAAGUAAACAUGAUCUUAUUAAGGAAAAUGGAGUUGAUUAUCCCAUUGACUAUUUAAAAAUUGAUUUUGUAGAGGAGGUAUUGCGUGUUUCACCUGAAGGGGUGAAUGUUAUCUUAGAUUGUCUUUCUGGGGCAGAUUUUAUCCGAGCUCAGAAAUGCUUAAAACAUAUGGGCCGUAUAGUGCAUAUUGGGAUUAGUAACAUGAUCAGUGGUGAGAAAAGGAGUUUACUAAAAAAUCUUAAAGUAUGGUGGCAAACAAAAAAUAUCAAUAUUUUCAAUAUGAUCACAAGAAAUCAUGCUAUUUGUGGACUCAGUAUCAACACUCUAUUUGACAAUGAUCCUGAUAGUUUUAGAGCAGCUUUGGGUAAUGUCAUGAAAUUGUACAGUGAAGGCAAAAUAAAGCCUAGAAUUGACUCUGUGUGGUCUUUUGAUGAGGUUACUGAAGCUACAAAAUGUAUGGUAGAAAGAAAGAAUGUUGGAAAAAUCAUUUUGGUGCCUAAAAAGGAAGAAGUUUCUGAGCAAGUUGAAUUGUACCAAAAUUAAUUUCAGAUUUUUAAGAGAAUUUUAUUUUUACAAUAUAUAUAUAUAUUUUUAAAUACUGUAUAUUGUCAUGUUUAUUAUUUACUUAUCAAAUCAUACAUGUUGUAGGGCCCAC